AGACCUCUUGAGAAGUCACGAGCACUCGUGUUUCCACCUGUCUUCUCCUUCCCGACCCCUCUCAAGCGGAACAGAGCUCCCAAACUUCCAUCUCUCUUCUCCCGGUGAUUGAGAUGUCCUCACAAACCAGCUCAGAGGUGCAGAAGAGCAAGGGGAGACCUUAUCCACCGAUCUAAACCCCUAAGGAAGAUCAUUCCUAUCCUCCACGGUGGGAUCCGUCGGCCUCCAAUGGGAAGUCCUGAGAGUCAAAGCUCCAGAAGACCUCAUUGCAGAGGUGUCCAUGCGUAAUGCACAGGGAAGAGCCUGCUGUAUCCAACUUAAAUCUUCCCACUUCCAAUUUACAGCCAUCCCAUCACUCCAGGUCCUUGGAAAAAAGUCCCUUCCAUGCUUUCCCGGAGCUCCUUUUCCCUACCGGAAGCUGCUCUAAGGUUUCUCCUCAGCCUUCUCCUCUCCAGGCUGAGAAGAGAACCUCAACUCUCUCUCAGCUUGUCCUCCUACAGGAGGUUCUCCAGCUCUUGGAUCAUCUCCGUGGCCUCCUCUGGACUCGCUCCACCAUCUCCACAUCCUUUCUGCGCUGAGGACUCCAGAAUUGGACACAGAACUUCAGGUGAGGUCCCACCAGAGGAGCAGAAACCCUUCCUUCUCCCUACUGGGGACCCUCUUUGGAACGCAGCCCAGGACACGGUUGGUUUCUGGGCUAUGAGAACGCGUUGUCAGGUCCCACGGAUCUUCUCUACCACCACCACCACCCCAAGUUCUUCUCUUCAGGGCUUCACCCACUCCAUUCUCCACCCAUCCUGUGCUUCUGCUUGGGAUCGCCCUGACCUGGGGCGCAGGACCUUGCCUUUGGCCAUGCUGAACUUCAUGAGGUUCACAGUUCCCCACCUCUCCAACUUAUCCGGGUCUCUUUGGAUGCCAUCCCACCCUUCUGCUUUGACAACCCUUCUACUCACUUUGGAGUCAUCUGCCAAGGGUUUGGGGGCCUUUGGGGAGAAAAAAAACCACCUUAAAACCGGUUUGGACUUCAUUUUUUCGUUGCAUUUUUCCUUCGAGGUGAAAAGUUUUCCAAACCCUGCGGGAAUUCCUGAUGUCACCUCUGCUCUGGGUUGGUUGUUCUCACCACGGAGAUGCUCAGGGGGUUCCACAUGGGCUGAAAAUGAUGCAGGGACCAUAGGAUCCUCCUCGCACCCUUCGCCCUCAGUCCCAUUCGCAGCUUUAGCGUCAAGAGAACCACCACCACGUCCCGUUCUUGCUCAAAACCUCCUCUUCUCCACCGUUUUCCAAAGCUCCUUCAAAGCUUGAGAAGAUGAAGACCACCGGAAACGCUUCCAGGAGCUCUGGGACCUCAGAUGUCCUCUGCGACGUCCAAAUUAAGCUCCACCUUUUGGUUACCAGAAAAGAGGAACAUGGCAGGAAACACGAGUCGAAAAGGAAACCAAAAGUAAGAAGGGAAACGAGAAGGAGAGGAGAGAAAGAGCAGAAAGAACUUCACUCCUGCUGAUGUUCCUUCAGCUUCAGCCUCAAAAAUGCUUCUCCUCGGUGGACUUCACCUCCACGCCUGCCCCGCGGAGACAACUUGACCCACAAAGGACAAUGGAUCCUAAAGAAGUUUGGUCUUGGAGAGCCCAACGCUGCCUGUGGAGGAAGGUGGUGAGAAGGAGCUGGUGGGUCAAGGCAGCGCGUUGCCUUCUCCUCCUGAGCUGGUUGGCAGGCGCCGGUGGGACGGAGUUGAAGGCCUGCAGCUCUCCAGGUGAGUGUGAUUUUUCCCCACCAGCGCUCUUCCUAAACAUCUCCUCGGCUCAAGAAGGCGAUGAGGUUCUUGCCCGGUGCCUCGUUUUCUCCCGCUUCCCCAUCGCCCACAUCUUCUUCUGCAAGGAUGGAGUGGAGUUGGCGAACCACCCGGUGGGAAAAGGUCAAUUCGUCUCCGUGCUCUCUAUCCGGUUCUCCUCCAAGAGCAGCGGCGCUUAUUCCUGCGGAUACCGACGCCGGAGCAGCCUUGGACAGGUCAUGGUCUCCAGGUUGAGUAUCCCGUGGCACCUGGAGAUUGGAGGUGGGAAAGAUGACCUGAGGAACAGCACCGUUCCUGCCAGCCUGGAGCCGUCAGAUGAAGGGUUGGGCACCUCCCUUACCUUGGCCAUCGUCAUCUUCUCCUUCCUGGCUCUGGUUUUGGGCCUUCAGCUCCUCCUGGAGAUGGGUAAGAGACCCACCAGCCUCGUGAACCGUGUCAUUAAUUGGGAACUCCCUAAACUCAAGCAGUCGGAAAACGAGUCCCGCUGGUCAAGCUGAAGAACUUCAUGGCCAGGUAGAAGACCAUGGAUGGCCAGAAGGAAGAGAUAUCCAGGGUUCCUCGCAGUCGGAAUCACCGAAUCGUUGAGGUUGGAGAAGACCUCUCAGCCCAUCCAAUCCAACCAUCACCCCAACACCACCGUAGCUACAAAACCAUGACCCGAAGUGGCCACCUCUACACGUUCUUGGAAGGCCAUCAGGGAUGGUGACACCACCACCACUGCCCUGAACAGCUUCUUCCAGGGUUUGACAAUGCUUUCCAUGAAGGAACGUUCUCCGGGAUUCAAUCCAAACCUCUCCUGGUGCAACAACGUCCGGGGAGAAGGUGUCCACCACAUAUCUGACAGCGGUCCAGGAGGUGACUUUGACAUAGAAGGUGCUCAGAUUGACCAAGAGCGCUGUGUCCUUGGUGGACCUUCAUCUCACUUCAUCCCCAAAAGGCACUUUUGACCCCAAAUUUCGGCACA